CCUUCUUUAACUGUAGAGCUUCUGAAUGAAAUCAACCAACUGACACUAAAACAAAAUGUUUCAACGGUAUUGAAUUAUUCUGUUUUGAGUUCAUACAGGAUGGAUAAUCAAUAAAGUCUUUCGAAGACACUGCUUUGUAGCUUUUACUUCUGUGCUUGGUGCCUACCAGCAUCUCCUCAAGAGUCAGGAUGAGUGCGAGGCAGUGUAAGAACUGUGGUGGAGCAGAUAUAGACAUAGACCAGGCACGUGGAAGUGCUGUGUGCACCGCCUGUGGUUCUGUACUUGAGGACAACAUCAUUGUCUCUGAGGUGCAGUUUGUGGAAAACAGUGGAGGAGGAGCGUCUGCUAUCGGACAGUUCGUGUCUGCUGAUGGUCCUACGAAGGCCCCGGUACUUGGGACCGGCUUCCACACAAGUCUUGGGAAGGAAUCACGUGCUCAGACGCUUCAGAACGGGAAACGACAAAUACACAGCCUGGGCAGCCAGCUGCAGCUGAACCAGCACUGCCUAGACACAGCCUUCAACUUCUUCAAGAUGGUGGUGAGCAAGCAUCUGACAAGAGGGCGCAAGAUGGCCCACGUCAUAGCUGCCUGCCUCUAUCUGGUGUGCCGGACAGAGGGCACCCCUCACAUGCUCCUGGACCUGAGUGAUCUUUUACAGGUGAACGUGUACAUCCUGGGAAAGACUUUUCUGCUGUUGGCCAGAGAACUUUGCAUCAACGCACCUGCUGUCGAUCCAUGCUUGUAUAUUCCACGCUUUGCCCACAUGUUGGAGUUUGGAGAGAAAACCCAUGAAGUCUCUAUGACUGCACUGAGACUGCUGCAGAGGAUGAAGAGGGACUGGAUGCAUACAGGACGCAGACCAUCUGGACUCUGUGGUGCAGCUCUGUUGGUGGCAGCUCGCAUGCACGAAUUCCGGCGCACGGUGAAGGAGGUCAUUGGCGUGGUGAAAGUCUGUGAGGCGACUCUCAGGAAGAGGCUGACAGAAUUUGAGGACACACCUACCAGUCACUUGACUAUUGAUGAGUUCAUGCGAGUGGACCUGGAGGAGGAGUGCGAUCCCCCGUCUUUCAUUGCUGGUCAAAAGAAGAUAAAGAUCCAACAGCUGGAACAGGAGCUGUCCAGGAAGCUUGAUGAAUAUCAAGGUGAGAUCAGCUCCUAUCAGGAUGAGAUUGAGACAGAACUGGAGAACAGCAGGCCUAAACUGAGAGGAAUUUAUGCCAUGUAUGCAAAAGAAGACACCAAUGGCAGUCUGUCUCUGGUGUCGGACCUCGUGGGAGAUGAAGAGGAAACACAAGAUGAAGAGAUGGAGGCUGCAGCUCAGCACCUCACUGAGGAAAUCAUCAACCAGGUGUUACCUAAUCUGGAACAGGGACCUCAGGGGGGCACAGAGGCACAGGAGCAGGGUAAAGAGGCAGCAGAACUGCCCAGCGACCCCACCCGUGUGCCACUGACUUUACUGCUUGGCCCGUUUCCCAGCGCUGCCAGCCUUGGCCUCACAGACUCCAUCCGCCAAUGCCUGUCUGACGAGGGGGAGGAUGAGGACAAGUCAGAUAACGGCGAGCUUGAUCUGGAAGGUAUUGACGAGGACGAGAUUGAAAAGUACAUUCUCAAUGAGAACGAGGUCCAGGCUAAGACAGAGCUGUGGAUGAAGCAAAAUGAGGAGUAUCUAAGAGAGCAGAAAGAAAAAGAAGAGAGGAUAGCUAAGGAGAAAGAACAAGGGAUCUAUAAGGAGAAGCCAAAAAAGCCAUCCAAAAGGCGAGAGCCCAUUCGGGCCAGCACUGCAGGAGAGGCAAUAGAGAAGAUGCUGGAACAGAAGAAGAUUUCAAGCAAAAUCAAUUACGAUGUACUAAGAGACCUGAACAGCAAAGGCAGCAGCAGCCCAGCAGAUAAGACAGAGGAAGUGUCUGGUAUCGUCCCUGGACGUAAGAAGCUCACUCGUCGUAAGAAACAGCCCAACAAGAGCAAUCUGGGUCUGGCCAAGCCUGCAAGCCUCAUGGGGAAAAGGCUCCGCCCCCUAAUAUCGUCAAAUCACAAGAAGAAAAGAGCAGCUAUACAGAUUGUGCCAAAAGCUGUGAUACUGCCCUCAGAGACUCCUGAGACUCCCCCUGACCCUACUCCUCCUCCAGUCGUUGAGAGUGGCCCUGUGGCGUAUGAGGAGCCCACCGAGGAAGAGGAGGAUGAAGAGGUGGAAGAGCCCUGUGUUAGUGCUCUGAAGCUCAUGGGAGGGAACGAAUAUGGCUGUGAAGUCGAAGAGGAGGAAGUUUUUUAGUGCGUAGCGUUUGUCGUCCCACCAGCAAGCCAUGAUUUCAUCAGCCACAGAGAUGCUUUCUCUCCGAUAUAGAGACAGGAGAGAGAGAAAAAAACAGGGCCUCAUCAUGUGAGUUAUUGUCACUACCAUGGAGGAACAGUCAUGCGUCGUUGGACGUGUUUAAACUCCUGCAGCGUCUGAGACAAUAGAGAGACAUCUGAGGGUGCAUGUGACAUGUGGAAAACACAUGACUGAAGACCAGAAGUGUAGAUUUAAACCAAAAGUGUAGACCAAAGCAUACACAUGUUAAUAGGACGCCUAAUAAGCUGGUAAGUUUUCGUUUAGGAAUUAAAACCACUCCAGUGAUGUUUUUACAAUUUUAUUGACAAUUCUGUAUAAUGUUUCUGAUGUUUCUAGUUUGACAGCAACUGUUUUAAAAAUGUCUGAAGGUGCUCUGUUAAUAGAUGCUAUGUUUUUACUGGAACAAAUAGUAAUGUUAAGUACUGGAUUUUAUUCUUGUGUCGUUUUAGUCUGGUCAGAGUUUCAGCUAUGUUAAAAUCUAUAAUACUGGCCCUCAUGUGCAUAAAUGUACAUACUGUAAUGUCUAGCUUGCUUUGUUUCUAUGAAAUAUUUAUAUUUCAGUUUGUAAUUACAUACAUUGCAGUAAUGUAUUAUGCAUCAUUGUGCUUAUUACUGUGAUAUUCUCUUUUUGUUUAGUUUUUUCUCUUAGCUAAGGUGAAACCCUAUUAAAUUUCAGAAGAAAAACCUCACAGGGCUCAGUGAUGUACAGGAGGUAGCCUGAGAACAUUCCUAGGUGUAAUUAAAUUCACAAUUUCCAUGAGAAACAAAAGUGUAUUCAGCCAACUGUCAAGAUUUUAUUGUGCAUGUUAAAAA